AUGGAUUCCCCCGCCAAACGACGAAAAACUAGCGAAUCUACAGGAAUUGCUGUGCCACCAGAGCUAGGUCAAAAUGUGUUCCGACCACCACGACGACCCUCCUUCCAAUCCCCAACAAGAGCCAGUCUUGCGCGAUCGCAACCGGAUGUGUUAGAGCGCGCGCUCAGCAGAUCCCCCACACGACGAGCUUCCAGCAAAGUGGACGAACAGACUGAUGCUCGAAAAUUUGGACUCCGGGACCGCAAAGCCCUCCGACCUUCGCUGAAUGCUUCAGCGAGUCCUCUCACCCAACCCCGAGCACCCGAUGCGCCGACAGGAUCCCCCAACAGGCGCCCGAGUGGCAUCCAGGCAUUCUCGAAGCCACCCCGCAGAAGUCUGAAAAAGAUCCUCCCUGGAGAUUUUAUGUUUGGGUCUCCAAUUCCUCGGUCAACUGCUCCCGACUCAAGUACACCGGAAGGUCAAUUGGCAAUGGAAUUAGGCGAGGCUACACAAGAAGCAGAUGCGGACUUGGGAGAUGAAGGCCCAAUUAUGGGCGAGGAUAUGCUCGAACCAGAUCUUCCUCCAACCCCAACUCAACUCGGACUGGAGAAGGCCCCAGAUCGACCUAGAGGGAGGAUGAGCAGCAGUCCCAGUUUGCGACAGGAGAAACGGAUGAGACGACGAGACACUCAGCCAUUGGGCGAAAGCCCGUUGAAAGCAGUCAAAUAUCGAUCUAUCACUCCUACAGAGACAGAGACUAGUUUCAAUUCGGAAUUGUCUAUGGCUGCGCAAGAAAAAGUCAAGUCGCGCAAGAGAAGUGCUGCGGAACUGCAACGGCUUAAAGAUGAAGUUGAAGAACUAGAGAGAUGGGCCAAAAAGAUUGAGUCUGACGAUGGCCUGAAAGGCGACAGAGGACUGGAUAGACUACUGUCAUUACUUACAGCGGAAGAAGCAAACCUUGAGAGCCUACCGGCUCCUCAAGUAGCCCCAAAGCCAAUAUCUUCCAUCCUUGCUACUCUACUGCCAUUUUCCUCGAACAUACCUCAACCCAAACGUCAGGCAUCGCCCCUACCAACCAAUCCAUUCGCCUUACAAGAAUCCUCCAAGGAACUGCCAUAUUUGACAGUCUUUGCACCACUGGCUCUCAAAUCCCGCACAACUCGAUCAUCACAUAGAGAAGGGCCAUCAGAAACACACUCUCUGACCUUCUCCGCCCCGUCUCCAUUCCCAUCAAGUAUCUACAACGCAACAGUAGUCUACGAGACAAGCCCAGAAACCCAAACCGUGGUGUCCGUGUCUGUUCCAACCGGCAGUGACAGCAAGAAAAGAAAAACACCCGAAGCUCUCCGUCAAUGGAUUGACACACGUCUAGAGAACCCUCUCUUGAAGUUGGACGUACCAACUCUAUGCUGGGGCAUCAACCGAUACUGGGAAUGCUCAGUCACACGAGCCCACCUUUGGGCACACAUUGACCACAAAUACGGCCCCAGGGCUCUGCGAGGUAACAAGGAACCAAUGCCCGGAACUGAGAACGGGGCUCUCACAAUAUCGGACUUACGCCGGCUGGUUCCUCACCUGCAUCGAAGUACAAUGACCAUCAAAUCCAAAUCGCCAGGCUUGGGUCCUCGUGUGCUAUUGUCCAUUACUUUGGUUCUGGAUGAAUGGACUGGGGAACCUCAGCUUCGGCCAGAGAUCAGUGUCUCGUCAACAGGCGCGGAUCGAAAAAUUGACCAUGAGACAAAGAAGCUGUUCCAUGCGUUACUCCGGGAGGGUGGCGAUUCAGCCUCGAGUGGCGUGGAUCCUGUAUUGAGAGCUACUGAGGGUGCUCUUGGUACGCUGUUUGGGGAGAUUUGA